CACACCAGUCAAUCAAUGCAAUCGCGCCAAAAAGAAAAAGUCAAAACCAAAGACGUCAACCGAGAUGGUGGAGAAGCCAUCACACGCAGCAGACGUUCAUAUAACUGAGGAAACUCGCGAAAACUGUAUUGAUUGGUUAGUACUCACUCUUUCGUCUUGGGGUUUUCCAAUUUUCCUUCACCGGUUGAUGAUCUCACACACUUUCUACGCACUCCACAAUCUUUUGGUACGCUGUAUACACUUCGUGUUUGACAAGUUUUGUUCAGAAACUAUACUAAAUUUACUUGAGACAGGUUUUUUCUGCAAGCUUCUAUUAUUAAAUCACAAAUUUGACAACACAGCAAACUAUCGUUCACAUAUUACCUCUGUGACUUCUGGAGGCACCAAGAAAACUGAGGGAGAAAUUUUUCGCACGAGUUUUGUUCAGGGUGUGCGAGAUGCACACUUUGUGAUGCUGCCGCAAAAGGUAGUAGACGAUUGA